CUUGACUCCACAAGCCUGCAUUCAAAGCACAAUCAUCAAUCAUGCCCAACACCAAAAUCGUCCAUGUCCCCCAUCUCGGCGGCAUCGAUGCAGCCUAUCAAAUGCCGCAGCCGUACGACUCCUCCAAGCCCACUCUUGUUCUCGUCAACAGCUUCACAACCAGCUCGGAGUUGUACCGCAGCCAGUAUGCCAACAAGGAUCUCACCAAUGCCAUGAACUUGAUCGCCAUUGAACUUCUCGGACAUGGCCAAACCCGGACCAAGUCGGAGAACUUCACCUACUGGGACACUGCCAUCAUGAAUCUCCAAGUACUGGAUGCAUUGAAAAUCACCGGCAAGAUCUUCGUCCUCGGAACAAGCCAAGGCGGCUGGAUCACCGUCCGCAUGGCACUGCUCGCGCCAGAGAAGAUCGCCGGCAUCAUCCCCCUCGGCACCUCCCUCGACAACGAAAACUCCCACACCGUCUCCCUCGGCUGCUGGGACGGCCCCGGCCUCCUCAAAGACAACAUCUCCACCUGGACCACCAACACUCCCACCUCCUCCUUCGAGCCGGACACCGCCUACUGCGACUUCCUAAUCGACAUCGGCUUCGGCAAAGACGUCGACAAGGACACCCGGGAAUACUGGCGUCAAACCAUCAAGGCCAACUACCAAGGCGACGACGGCCGACGUAGGAUUCGCAUGGCGGCUAUCAAUCUCGCGGAUAGAGAUGGUCUGCACUCGAGGUUGUCGGAUGUGAGGUGUCCCGUGUUGUGGCU